AUGUCGCUCCAAAACAUCUCGAAAUCCGCCGUGCGCGUUGGCAAGAACUACAUCAAGGGCUACUCAGACGUGCAAGUCAAGGUCCGUGAUGCCACAUCCAACGAUCCCUGGGGCCCAAGUGGCACCCAGAUGAACGAGCUUGCGCAGCUCUCUUACAACCAAAACGAGUUCAUUGAAAUGAUGGAGAUCCUCGACAAGCGUCUCAACGACAAGGGCAAGAACUGGAGGCACGUCUUCAAGUCGCUCACCCUUCUCGACUACCUACUCCACGCCGGCUCCGAAAAUGUCGUCAUCUACUUCCGCGACAACAUCUACAUUGUCAAGACACUCAAGGAGUUCCAGUACAUCGACGAGGUGGGCAAGGAUCAGGGUGCCAAUGUUCGACAGAAGGCCAAGGACAUCACCAACCUGCUCCAGGACGAGGCACGUCUGCGCGACGAGCGCCGUUCGCGCUCGCACAUGCGUGAUCGCAUGUCCAACGGCCCAGACGACGACGACGACGAGAGGAGAAGGAGACGUGAAGAGCAGGACAGGAACCGUCGUCGACCCAACACCAACGAGGACGACGAACUUCGACGUGCCAUCGAAGAGUCCAAGCGCAUGGCGCAGCAGGAGCAGGAUCGCAUCCGCGCCGAAGCAAAGGACGAAGACGAGCUGCAGCGUGCGCUCGCCCUUUCCAAGAAGGAGGAGGAGGAACGUAUCAAGGCGCUCGAGGAGGCCAACAAGAACGCCCUCUUUGACGACUCGAUCAACCUGGAUGGCCCCAACGCUUAUACCCAGAACCAGCAGGUUGAUUUCUUCGGCAACCCCCUCGUCGAUACUUCUGGCUCGCAGAACUACGGCGUCCAGCCACAGUAUACUUCAUUCAACCCAUACAUGCAGAUGCAACCCACCGGCUACAACCCUUUCCUUCAGAAUCAACUGCAGCAGCAGGAACUUAUGCAGCAGCAGUACAUGCAGCAGCAACAGGCCGAGUAUCAGCGACAACUCGAGCUUCAGCAAGCCGCGGUUCAGUAUCAGAACAUGAUGACCCAGCAACAGCAGCCGCUCCAACCUCAGCAGACGUCGUUCGGAUCCAACAAUCCGUGGUUGCAGUCUGGUCAGCAGCAGCAACCUCAGCAGCAACCUCAGCACAACGUGCCUGUGGGAGAUCUGUUUUCGUCUGAACCCACCCCUCCGGCGGCGCAGCCAGCACCGCAGCCUGCGCCGCAGCCAAUGCCUCAGCCUCAGCAGAAUCGCCCUGUGCGUGCAAAGGUCAACGAUGACGGCAAGUACAGCGAGCUGAACCGCUUGCUCGCGCUCGGCGAUGGCGUCGAUACGUUUGGUAACACGGGUGACAUGAGGAUGGGACCCAACAUGGCGCAGUACAACCAGAUGCGUGCUCAAAAGACCGGCAUGAACUUCAACGCCAACACGUCGAGCAACGGUGGUGCGGGUGCGAGUCAGCAGGGUGGUGCUGGUGGCGACAACAAUCCGUUCUUCAAGGUUUGA